UUCCCCGCUUUCAGUCUCCCACCCUCUGCCCAGAACCUGAAAUUCCCCUCUUUCCCAACCGAGCUCAUCGGCAUCGAGACGAAAGAAAUCAACAAUGGCGGCCUCCUCCAUCUCUUCCCCCGCCUCAUCCUUCUCUUCUCUCUCAUUCUCCUCUCAACUCUCCCACAAACCAAACGCCCUCAUUUUCCCAGUCACCAAGUCCCGCCCCUCUUACAUUCCGCCGCCGUCUCCUCGCCGUCCGAGCCCUUCAAGGACCUGGUGAAGACCAGACUCCCCGGCGGGUUCGUCGCGCAACCCAAUAUCGGCACCGGCCGCCAGAAGUGCUCCAUCGCCCGUGUCGUCCUCCAGGAAGGCACCGGCCAAGUCAUAAUCAACUACCACGACGCCAAUACGUUCUGCAUGACUAUCUCCUGGGAAUCGCUAUGGAUUCAGUACGUGAAAUUCCCGUUGGUGACAUUGGGCUACGAGGGCAGCUACGACGUGUUCGUGAAAGCUCACGGCGACGGGCUGUCCGGCCAGGCACAGGCGAUCUCGUUGGGAAAUGCUCGUGCGCUGCUGAAGGUCAGCGCCAACCACAAGUCGCCCCUGAAGUCGGAAGGGCUUCUGACGAGGGACUCGAGGACUGUCGAGAGGAAGAAGCCUGUUCUUAAGAAAGCUCGCAAGGCUCCUCAGUUUUCCAAGCGUUGA